ACAAUUCAUUCUCUUCUUCUCUUUCUUCAUCAUGGAUCCCAUAAUGUCUAUUUUAUGUUACUCCUCCCUUCCUCUCUUUUACCUCAUCUUCAUUCUAUGGAAGAUCAUGGAUCAAAAGAAGCACCAAGGUUGCUACAUUUUGGACUACCAAUGCUACAAGCCGGGGGACGACCGGAUGCUCAGCACCAAGCUGAGCGGGGAGGUCAUUAGGAGAAACAAGAAUCUCGGUUUGAACGAGUACAAGUUCCUCCUAAAGGCCAUAGUCAGCUCUGGCAUAGGGGAGCAAACGUACGCGCCGAGGAUGGUGUUUGAGGCCCGGGAGGAGUGCCCGACGUACGAAGAGGGGAUCGUGGAGAUGGAGGAGUUUUUCAAUGAUAGCAUCGAUAAGUUGUUGAAGAGACAAGGGGUGUGUCCCUCAGAGAUUGAUGUUUUGGUUGUUAACGUGUCGAUGCUCGCGUGUAUGCCAUCGUUGUCGACGCAGAUCAUCAAUCACUACAAGAUGAGAGAAGGGAUUAAGGUGUACAAUUUGUCAGGCAUGGGAUGUAGCGCCAGUCUCAUAUCCAUCAAUAUCGUCGAGAACAUUUUCAAGACUCAAGAGAAUUUGUACGCGCUCGUUGUGACAUCAGAGUCUUUGAGUCCAAAUUGGUACACAGGGAACGAUAGGUCAAUGAUUCUUGCCAAUUGUUUGUUUAGGAGUGGAGGGUGCGCCAUUCUCUUGACCAACAAGGAUGAGUGUAAAAGUAAGUCCAUGUUUAAGUUAAAGUUUUUAGUGAGGAAGCACCACGGUGCGAGAGAAGAAUCGUACAACUGCUGCUUGCAGAAAGAGGACGAUCAGGGACGGGUGGGGUUUCACUUGGGGAAGACCCUCCCCAAGGCUGCAACAAGUGCUCUCAUAGACAACCUCAAAGACGUCGCCCUCAAGAUCGUACCCAUAAAAGAGCUCAUUCGCUUUGCAAUAUUGUCCUUUCGCAGAAGACUCGCACAGGGCUCCACUAAAAGUGGGGCCCAGCCCCUGCCCAAGCCAUCAAUCAACUUCAAGAUCGGCGUGGACCACUUCUGUAUCCACACCGGAGGGAAGGAUGUGAUCGAUGGGAUAGGGUUGAACCUAAACUUGACCGAAUAUGAUUUAGAACCAGCCAGAAUGACGCUUCACAGAUUCGGGAACACGUCAGCGAGCAGCACGUGGUACGUGUUGCGUUACAUGGAAGCCAAGAGGAGGCUCAAGAAAGGUGACAAAGUCUUCAUGAUCACAUUUGGAGCUGGGUUCAAGUGCAAUAGUUGUUUGUGGGAGGUGGUGAGGGAUUUGGGAGGUGAUAAUGAAGAAGAAGGUGAAAAUGUGUGGAAAGAGGACAUUCAUAACUACCCACCAAAAACCCUAACCAACCCAUUCUUGGAGAAGUAUGGAUGGCUACAACAUGAAGAUCCAAACACCUUCGUAAUUCCAGAUGAUUAUGUGAUCCCAUAACCUUUUUCUUCAUUUAAAAUUAUUUUCAUUUUAAAAAUAAAAUAAAAUAAAAUGAAUUUAAUUAAAGUGAAAGAACAUAACUAAUUAAUAUGAUUUACUAUAUGUUUAUUAAAAAACAAACUUAUAGUGUACGU